UUGCAAACAUGAGAAUUUCCCACCAUGCCCCUUUCCCAUAUGUUGUCUGUAUCCCGUUUUUGUCUCCCCCCACACUGAGCUUGGAGACCAUCACCCACUGUCUCUCCCCAUAUUCAAGUCUGUGCAGGAGCCGCGAUUGCAAACGGGCAAAGCAGAAACCAAUUCAUCUCGGGGGACAUCGGGGAGGCUGGCUUGGCUUGGCUUUCCUUCCCUCUUGCAGGGAGAACUGCCCCCCCUGCUUAAGUGGAAUAAAUUGGUACAGGCCAUUAGCAGCCACAGAGGUCCUCCUCUCCCUUACUCUCUGAAGGGGGCGGGGGGAGCUGUCACUGCUUCUAUAGACACAGACCCAUCAGCCACAGAUGUGAAGUCAGCCUCAGCCUCUUUCUCUGUACUCCCUCCCACUGCCCUUUCCCCCUUUCCCGUUUCUCUUUCUCUCUCUCUCUCUCUCCUGCACUCUUUCAUUCAUUCAUUCUUUCUUUCUUUCAUUCUUCCUUUCUAUUAAAUGCUGCCCUUUCACAUCACGAUGAGCCCGGGUGAAGCUGCUGUGGUCUUUGGAAGAAGACAGCAGGAGAAUAACUGUUGUGUGCUGUGAUUUUUUGGAGAGAGAAAAAGAUUAUUAAUAUGAUUACUGUCACAGCUUGAAGAAAGAAGACAGGGGGAAGAUUCUUGGGGUGUGCUUUUUUCUUGCUGUUGCUUGGAAUUUUUUUGUAUUAAAAAAAGCCAAAGGAAGAACGUGUGGAAGAACCGCAUGCGGGGAGAUGCUUUGAAUUGUGCUUCUGUUUCCAAGGAUUAAAGGAUGAAUAGACGCUGCUGCGAUGGAGAGAGAAGGCGAUUCAGGCUCCCAGAAUAAGGCCUCUGUCCAAACGGGACCCUGAAGUCCUCCUCGCUGGCGGCUCCCGCAAUAUUGCCUGGAGGAACGUCCCCCGCUUGCAGCGGCCUGUCCUUCCUCCUCCUUCUCCUCCUCUGGCAGCAGCUGUCCUGCAAACCUGCUUGUGCAAUGGGUGGGUUGUGAGUACUGGUAAGACCUACGAGCCGUGCCACCUUCUGCCGCCCUCUCCUCUCUCUCUCUCUCUCUGCCGUUGUUCCUUCUUGUCCAUUUAUCUCUGUUCUCCAUGUCCUCUGCUGUUCUGUCUCUGGGGUUCUCGCUGUCAGGUAAUGAGGAGCUGUGGGUCCCUUCAGCCUUGGAGAUGCCGAAGCGUCGAGACAUCCUGGCUAUCGUGCUGAUAGUUCUUCCCUGGACACUGCUCAUCACCGUGUGGCACCAAAGCACCAUUGCUCCGCUGCUUGCCGUGCACAAGGAAGAUGGUGGAGAUGCCCGUCGCGACUUCGUCCAAGGCUCAGACUCCAAGGAGUACUGCCUGUCCGACCGUGACAUCGUGGAGGUAGUUAGGACAGAGUAUGUCUACACCCGACCACCUCCCUGGUCGGACGCCUUGCCCACCAUCCAUGUCGUCACGCCCACCUACAGCCGGCCGGUCCAGAAGGCGGAGCUGACACGGUUGGCCAACACUUUUUUGCACGUGAUGAACUUGCACUGGAUCCUAGUGGAGGACUCCCAGCGGAGGACCCCUCUCGUCACCCGGCUCCUGAGGGACACUGGGUUGAACUACACCCACCUCAAUGUGGAAACCCCACGCAACUACAAGCUGAGGGGUGACAUGAGGGACCCCCGCAUCCCCCGGGGGACAAUGCAGAGGAACCUGGCCCUACGGUGGCUGAGAGAGACCUUUAACAAGAACAACAGCCAGCCGGGGAUUGUUUACUUUGCGGAUGAUGAUAACACCUACAGCCUGGAACUCUUUGAGGAGAUGCGGACUACUAGGAAAGUGUCAGUCUGGCCGGUGGCCUUUGUGGGCGGCUUGCGCUACGAGUCGCCCAAAGUGAAUGCUGCCGGAAAGGUCUACGGGUGGAAGACAGUAUUUGACCCUCACCGGCCUUUCGCCAUUGACAUGGCAGGCUUUGCUGUGAACCUCAGGCUCAUCCUCCAGCGACCUCAGGCUUACUUCAAACUGCGAGGAGUGAAGGGCGGAUACCAAGAGAGUAGCUUGCUCCGGGAGCUGGUGACUCUGAACGACCUCGAGCCAAAAGCUGCCAAUUGCACUAAGGUAACUGGGCUGGUCUGCACUGCAGAACACGGACAAUCUUAGCAGCUCAGAAGCAGCAAUCUGGUGGAGAGAUGACUAUCCUUGUUUGGCACACAAGGACGGAGAAACCCGUGCUGGUGAACGAGGGGAAAAAAGGCUUCACAGAUCCAAACGUGGAAAUUUGACAUUGUGUUGCAAAAAGAGAGA